UGGCAUCUCCCGCAUUGAAAUCUGCGAUUAUUCUGCUAAUGCUGACUCGAAUUUACGAUUGUACAACUGAUGUUGACGAUUUUGAAUUCCAAGGCAACAAUUUACGAGGAGGUUAUGGUACCGAUAACAAAACAUUACUCCGCGUCGUAUUGCUUCAUCUUCCUCCGGUAUUUAAUGUUGUUAGAAACUCCAGUAACCAUAUCAUCAAACUUGGAGGAGUUGCCGUUCAAGUUCUUCUAUGGCUUUCUCGCACUAUGAAUUUCAAAUUCGAAAUUAUACCAGACAACAUAUACAGCGUCGAGAAUAAUGCUGCCGGAAAAGGUCUCAUGAGCUAUAUCGUUGAAGGGGUAAUAAACGAUAAAUAUCAUGUAGUUUAUGUGCACGUGUAAUAGGUAACAGUCGACUUGGCCUCCAUAACAAAAUUAAAAUUUGA